AUGGCUGAUAUACGAAGGAGCAAAAGGAGCAAUUUGCCGCUUCACGAAUGGGCAACCCCACAAUGGAGCAAAUUUUUGCUGUUCUACAAUCGGAAGAAGAAAUUGAAAUUUGCACGCGAGAGUCGAACCUUGGCACCCCAGUGGUGCCCAUGCGAGAUGUCGUGGCUUUCAUACACGCAUCCUGAUCCCUACGUGGCCUGUUGCAUGCGAACCGAUAUGCUCUUCGGUAGUCUGAGCAAAUACUGGUCACUGGAGAAAGAUGCCCCUCGCGAACAUCGAAAUUAUCGAGGAAAGAGGCAGGCUGGCUUAACAGUGCUAA